AUGCUUACAGGGGCUGCUAUGGACGAAGAAAGAAGAAACUCACUGAAACAAAUAGCAAUUAAGCUCGUGGAGAAUAACAAAGGCAUUCUUGCGAUAGACGAGAGCCCCAAGUCAAUGGAGAACAAGUUUGCAUCUGUGGGCAUAGAUAACACGCCCGAGAACAGAAGAAGGUACAGAGAAAUGCUGCUCACUGGGCCGUCCAAAAUAGGAGAGUAUCUAGGAGGCGUGAUACUGAAUGAAGAAACUUUUUUUCAGAAAGACGCCAAAGGUGUUUCUUUUGUUGAGCACAUGAAAAAAGCUGGAAUAUGUGUGGGAGUUAAGCUAGACAAGGGACUCCUUCCCCUAAACCAGAGCACAGAGAAGGAGAAAAUGAGCACGGGCCUCGAUGAUCUAAAAGAAAGGUGCAGCAGGUACAAAGAAGGCGGGGCAUCGUUUGCCAAAUGGAGAUCUGUCUUUUCAAUUAGCAACGGUCUUCCAACAGACGAGUGCAUAAAUAAAAACUGCGAAAUACUCUCCGAGUAUGCGCUGAUCUGCCAAAACAACGGUCUUGUUCCGGUAGUUGAGCCUGAAGUGCUCUUUGACGGGUCAUACGAUGCUUCCCAGUGCGAAGUAGUCACUGCUUCUGUUAUCUCUUGUCUGUUCUACCACAUAAAUAAGAAGGGCCUAUACAUUCCUGGGAUAAUUCUCAAGACAGGAUUUGUUACUUCUGGCCCAAAUGGCAAGGCGCAGUCUUUGAGCGAAGUUGCUGAGGGCACUCUGACUGCUUUUAUGUCUUCUGUUCCCCCGAGCAUUCCGGGCGUGGUGUUUCUGAGCGGAGGACAUCCUGAGGAUAUUUCUGUGAAGUAUUUAAAAGAAGCAAAUGCGAUUAAAAGAACCUGCAAUGCGCCAUGGAGCAUUUCCUACUCUUUUGGAAGGGCACUGCAGGACAGUGUGCUGGAGCUGUGGGGGAAUAAAGACGAGAAUAAAGAAAAGGCACAAAAACUGCUGGAGGAAAGAGCUCGCAUUUGCUCAGAGGCUGUGAAGGGCUAG